AAUGUCUUAUUGCAGAGAUAAUGAAAAUAUUUUUGCAUUUGCAUGAACAGGAACGGCGGCGGAAUGGAGCCCUGUGAUUCACACGAGCAUGUGGAGCAGUGAAUAAUGCUUGGGCUCAUUACGGCAGCGACUGCACUGACUAAAAAUUAGCCCUCACGCCAUUUGUGCCUUCGCAGCAAAUAAGAUUCAUUGUGAGCACAUUGCAAAGCUGCUUGAGAGCGGGAGGAUUUUAGGAAGCUAUUUAGGGGCCACAGGAUGUUGCAAAGGACGGUGUAUGAACUGUAUGGAUUUAGAAUCAGAAAUCAAGUCAAACAUUCUUCAGUUUCUCAGAGUUCUGUAGACAAUACAGUCAUCGGUGACACAAGGAAAGAGUGGACUGUGAUGAGAGCGUUCUACAUGAGAGCAACAGAAUCAGCAUAGUAACAAGACAUCCCAUCAUUCCUGGGUGCCGUGGCCGCGGAUCACCCUGAUGAGGUAUGGUGGAAGAAAACUGUGUCACUGCUGGAAGCUGCAGACAUUCUGCCUACAGUGUGAAGGGUUAAUAAUAUAAUGUCAAACUUUAUUGAUCCUCGUUUGUUUGAACACUUACAGACGAGUUCUGCUGUUGCCUGAUGGGAGGGCUCCCCAACAGGUGGUGCUCAUACGGACGUCUAAUAAUGGGAGGGCUCCCCAACAGGUGGCGCUCAUAUGGACGUCUAAUAAUGGGAGGGCUCCCCAACAGGGGGCGCUCACACUGACGUCUAAUGAUGGGAGGGCUCCCCAACAGGGGGCGCUCACACUGACGUCUAAAUCAACCGCAACUGGAGAAUCAAGUCCCGCUUGUUUCCUCCCUCACUACAUGUCCCUCUGUCCAUGUGUCCUGUCCCUCUGUCCAUGUGUCCUGUCCCUUUGUCCAUGUGUCCCUCUGUCCAUGUGUCCUGUCCCUCUGUCCAUGUGUUCUGUCCCUUUGUCCAUGUGUCCCUCUGUCCAUGUGUCCUGUCCCUCUGUCCAUGUGUCCUGUCCCUUUGUCCAUGUUUCCUGUUUACUGUCCAUGUGUCCUGUCCUUCUGUCCCUCUGUCCAUGUGUCCUGUCCCUUUGUCCAUGUGUCACUUUGUCCAUAUGUCCCUCUGUCCAUGUGUCCCUCUGUCCAUGUGUCCUGUCCCUCUGUCCAUGUGUUCUGUCCCUUUGUCCAUGUGUCCCUCUGUCCAUGUGUCCUGUCCCUCUGUCCAUGUGUCCUGUCCCUUUGUCCAUGUUUCCUGUUUACUGUCCAUGUGUCCUGUCCUUCUGUCCCUCUGUCCAUGUGUCCUGUCCCUUUGUCCAUGUGUCACUUUGUCCAUAUGUCCCUCUGUCCAUGUGUCCUGUCCCUCUGUCCAUGUGUCCUGUCCUUCUGUCCCUCUGUCCUGUUUACUGUCCAUGUGUCCUGUCCCUCUGUCCCUCUGUCCAUGUGUCCCUCUGUCCAUGUGUCCUGUCCUUCUGUCCCUCUGUCCUGUUUACUGUCCAUGUGUCCUGUCCCUCUGUCCCUCUGUCCAUGUGUCCCUCUGUCCCUGUGUCCCGUCCUUCUGUUCCUCUAUCCAUGUGUUCUGUCCUUCCGUCCCUCUGUCCAUGUGUCCUGUUUACUGUCCAUGUGUCCUGUCCCUCUGUCCCUCUGUCCAUGUGUCCUGUCCCUUUGUCCAUGUGUCCUCUGUCCAUGCGUCCUGUCCUUCUGUUCCUCUGUCCAUGUGUCCUGUCCCUCUGUCCAUGUGUCCUGUCCCUCUGUCCAUGGUCCUGUCCUCUGUCCCUCUGUCCAUCUGUCCUGUCCCUCUGUCCAUGUGUCCUCUGUCCAUGUGUCCUGUCCCUCUGUCCAUGGUCCUGUCCUCUGUUCCUCUGUCCAUCUGUCCUGUCCCUCUGUCCAUGUGUCCUCUGUCCAUGUGUCCUGUCCCUCUGUCCAUGGUCCUGUCCUCUGUCCAGGUCAAAGAUCACAAAUAACUAAAUUCAAAGUGCUUCUGGGGUCGUCAUUUUGAAACAGCCACACUGAUUCCAUCUUGUCUGUCUCGUCCAG